AUGGAAGGUGGGUCAGGAUUCUUCCAGAUGAUCAAGAUCCCACAGAAUGAUGGCAGGUUUACCAACACCAAAAGUUGUAUUCCCUUUUUCCGGUCAGCUCCAGCUUGUGGAACAGCAUUCACAGGUUACAUAUUUGGAAGACCAAAUGUCCUCCAAAUUAACCAGCUUACCUCCUUUAUUGAUGCAAGUAUGAUUUAUGGGUCCACUAAUUCCGUGGCCAAAGAACUGCGAGACCUGACCAAUAAUUUUGGCCUCCUCGCUGUGAAUAAAGACUACAGCGAUGAUGGCUAUGAUUUGCUUCCCUUUCAAAAUGCAACUCGCAACUUUUGUGCCACAAGAUCAAUUGUUACGAAGGACCCAUCGGUUCAAGAAGUUCCAUGCUUCAUGGCAGGAGAUUCACGUGCCAAUGAAAAUAUUGCGCUUACAGCUAUUCACACUAUGUUCCUCAGAGAGCAUAACCGUAUUGCAAAGAUUUUCAGGAAACUUAAUCCACAAUGGAAUGGUGAAACCAUUUACCAGGAAACAAGGAAGGUUGUAGGAGCAUUUCACCAGAUUAUUAUGUACCGGGACUAUUUGCCUAUAAUCAUUGGUCCAAAUGCAAUGACAAAAUAUCUCUCUACUUACCGUGGUUACAAUAACAUGGUCGACCCUUCCAUUUCCAGUGUUUUCUCGACAGCAGCAUUCCGGUUUGCUCACCUAACUGUCCAGCCAUUUAUAUUUCGUCUAAACAGGGGAUAUCAGCAAAAUACUGUGUAUCCUAAUGUUCUCCUCCACAAUACCUUCUUCACCCCCUGGAGGAUUGUCUUUGAAGGUGGAGUUGACCCUAUUAUCCGAGGUCUUAUUUCCAUGCCUGCAAAGCUUAAUAGACAGGAUAAGCUGAUGCAUGAUGAACUUCGGGAGAGACUCUUUCAGCUGACCAGUCAGGAUGGUCUUGAUUUGGCAUCUCUUAUCAUGCAACGUGGAAGAGAUCACGGACUGCAAGGAUACAAUGCAUGGAGAGGCUUCUGUGGUCUUAGCCAGCCCCGAACUGAAAGGGAACUUGGACUGAUCCUCAACAACGUAACCUUGGCAAGGGCACUAAUUCGUCUGUAUGGAACCCCCAACAAUAUUGAUGUCUGGAUUGGAGGAGCUGUUGAGCCAUGUGUGCCAAAUGGAAGAGUGGGACCUCUGUUUGCUUGUCUAAUAGGAACACAGUUUCAGAGGAUAAGGAAUGGAGACAGGUUCUGGUGGGAAAACAGUGGCAUCUUCACAGAGAGCCAGAAGAGUGCUUUAAGGAACGUGUCACUCCAUCGUAUUAUCUGUGACAACACUGGAGUUCAGGAGCUCCCUCCAUCUGUGUUCCGGCACUUGCCGUACAGUGAUAAGUAUAUCUCAUGCUCGGACAUCCCAAAGUUCAACUUUAAUGCUUGGAAAAACAGCAUUUGAG